AUGGCAGGAGUUGGACCUAUGACUCAGGAUUGGGAACCAGUGGUGAUCCGUAAGAAAGCCCCAAACGCAGCCGCUAAGCGCGAUGAGAAAUCUGUCAACGCCGCUCGUCGUUCCGGCGCCGAUAUCGAGACCGUCAGAAAAUUCAAUGCUGGAACCAACAAGGCGGCGUCAAGCGGUACAUCUCUGAACACGAAAAGGCUUGAUGAUGACACUGAGAACCUUACUCAUGAACGUGUGCCUACUGAGCUAAAGAAAGCCAUUAUGCAAGCCCGAACAGAGAAGAAGCUUACCCAGUCCCAACUUGCUCAAAUCAUCAACGAGAAGCCACAAGUGAUCCAAGAGUAUGAGUCUGGCAAAGCAAUCCCGAACCAGCAGAUCCUUUCUAAGCUGGAGAGAGCACUUGGAGCUAAACUCCGUGGUAAGAAGUGA